CGGUCUGUUGAAGCCUACCUCCGCGCGCUUCCGUUCCUGCCCCUCCCGGCUCACCUCAUUCUCUCACUUUCAGCACGCGUACAGGGCUGGCAUGGGCCUCGUCGCUCGCUAGGCACGGAUUCUCUGCUCUCUUCAAACCUAAAGACUUCAUUUUCUCGCUCCCUCCUUGUUCCGUCCUAGCGUAUCGCAAGUGACGCGGCCACGCCAAACCCUCGCCGCCAUGGCUACCGUCGAGCACUGCCUCUACUGCUUCGAGGUUCUAGCCGCUCACCUAGAGGACCGCAAGGCCAUGACCCUGGCUGAAGUCCAAAAGUCGUGGGCCGAGUACGUCCGUUCCACGGAAGCCGAAGCCGAAGCCGAAACCGAAGUCGACAGCGCCAGCAAACCUGCCAAACGCCUCCCUGCCCUCCGCCGCAUCACCGAAGCCUCCUCCUCCUCCUCCUCCAGCACGGCCUCCUCCGCCUCCAACAGCACCCUCUCGCUGAGCCCGGACACGCCCGACACCUCCGCGGCAGACUCGGAGGUGGCCCUGCCGGAGCCGCUCACCGAGUCCCCGCUGUUCGUCACCUGGAACACGGUCUCGCCGCGGCACGGCGGCCGGUCCCUGCGCGGGUGCAUCGGCACGUUCGAGGCGCAGGAGCUGGACGAGGGGCUGGCCUCGUACGCGCUGAUCUCGGCGCUGCAGGACACGCGCUUCAGCCCGGUGCAGGCGCGCGAGCUGCCGUCGCUCGAGGUCGCCGUCACGCUGCUGACCGACUUCGAGGACGCCGCCGACGCCAUGGACUGGCGCCUCGGCACCCACGGCCUGCGCAUCUCGUUCCACCACCACGGCCGCCGCUACGGCGCCACCUACCUGCCCGACGUGGCCGUCGAGCAGGGCUGGACCAAGGAGGAGACGCUGGUCAGCCUGAUGCGCAAGGCCGGCUGGGUCGGCCGCAGGGAUCGGUGGCACGAGGUCGAGCUGAAGGUCGUCCGGUAUCAGGGCAAGAAGGAGAGCUUGGAGUACGCCGAGUUCAAGCGGUGGAGGGACUGGGUUGACAAGGGCGGGAAAUGAGGGGGGCUAAGGGGAUGCUGCUUGAGCUGGGAGAGCCAAAGGGAAUAGAGAGAAUUGAGCAUGUGAGGAGUACAGGAUCGGGCUGGGCAGGGCUAGGGUUGGGCAGGUUCACGGGAUACAGGGGCAUCGGGACGGGUGGGCUUCGGGAAUAUCGGCUGGGCGUUUGGGACG